AAAUAAUAAUGUUUACUUCCGGGUGACUUAAAGCUGCGCGCCAAGUUCAAUCUCUUGUACAUUUGUGUGAUUUGCUAAUAGUUAGCUAUAGUAUAUUUAGCUAUCUUAAACAUUAACGAUUGGCACCAUGGACGGCGACAAAAUGGACGUGGUUGGGGAUCUCAAGCAUGCUCCAAAUGACAUAAGUGCCACCAAUGUGCAUGUUGAAGUUCACGUUAAAUCUCACAGCACUGCGAGAAGAGAUGACAUUAAGGUGCACGUGCUGGCACUGCUCAACCGUCACCGCGUGGUGUUCGGGGAUUACAAGUGGGUCGAGUUCGAUGAAGACUUCCUAAUCAAACACGUGGAAUCGGUGGCCAUUGUGGAUGCAGAGCGACAGCCCAUUGAUCUGAAAAGCUGCUGUCUAUCCAUUCAUAUCUUCUCCCUCAAUGAUGAGGGGCCCAGCACCCUAAACCUGGAGGAGGAGGAGGACCUAUCUGCUGCCAAUCACUGGCUGUUACCAGCAGCUGAAUUUCAUGGCAUUUGGGAAAGCUUGGUCUACGAGGAUGGAGUUAAAACUCAACUCUUGGAUUAUGUUUCAACAACGAUAUUCUUCUCGGACAAGAGCGUGAACAGCAACCUGAUAUCAUGGAACCGGGUUGUCCUGCUUCAUGGGCCCCCGGGCACUGGGAAGACCUCUCUGUGUAAGGCUUUGGCCCAGAAACUUUCCAUCAGACUUUCAAACAGGUACACGUAUGGCCAGUUUGUGGAGAUCAAUAGCCAUAGUUUGUUCUCCAAGUGGUUUUCAGAGAGCGGUAAACUUGUCACCAAGAUGUUCCAGAAGAUCCAGCAGUUGAUCGAUGAUAAAGAAGCUCUGGUUUUUGUUCUGAUUGAUGAGGUGGAGAGUCUCACGGCAGCCCGGAAUGCUGCCCAGGCAGGCACCGAGCCGUCGGACGCCAUCCGAGUCGUCAACUCGGUCCUCACACAGCUCGACCAGAUCAAACGGCACCCGAACGUGGUGAUCCUCACCACCUCCAACGUGACGGAGAAGAUUGACUUGGCGUUUGUGGACAGGGCUGAUAUAAAGCAGUACAUUGGCCCUCCCUCCACCGAAGCCAUCUUUAACAUCUACCAUUCCUGUCUGGAGGAGCUGAUGAAGUGCCAGAUUAUCUACCCUCGACAACAGCUGCUGACCAUGUUUGAACUGCAGACCAUGGGCUUCCUGGAGAGCAACGUCUCUGAGCUCAGCCUUGCGCUCAGGGACAUCGCAGUGAAGAGCAAAGGCUUCAGUGGUAGAGCACUGAGGAAACUGCCAUUUUUGGCCCACGCCCUCUUUGUCAAGACCCCAACGGUGACCCUUGAGAGGUUUAUGGAGGCUAUGGACCAAGCAGUUGACAAACAGAUCUCUGACAAUGCUCACCUGGUUAACUGUGUGUGAGGAGAUUUGACCCAGUACUGCCCUGCCCCGCCACUCCCCUCCCCUCCACGCCCUGCCCAUCGGCCAGUGGGCUGCGUCCUGCCACCGCUGCUCUACGAUGCUCGUGUCCACCGGAGAUCUGCUGGUUUGAACCACACGGUUGAACGGCACCUCUAGGGCCACGGACCUGCUGGAAGUGAAUGAACAUCAACCUGAUUCUCCAGUUGACGCUCAUACCAGUUUUAUCCAAAAGUGGUUAAAAUGUAACCUACCGUUGACCACGGUGGUUCCAGACGGCCUGGCAGAUCAUAGGGACCUUUACACCAGCUAUGUACCAUCUAGCACAAAGCACUCCAAUGGCACAAUAUUUGUGUUUUCUUUUCUAAUCAUGGUAAAUAAUGGAGCUAAAUGCCUCCCACUCCCUCCUGUCAUUCUGGCCAUAGGACUCGGAGCUAUCUGAGAACACAAAGGCCACUCUUUUGAACGGUAUGUGCUUUUCAUGGCUUUUGCUGUUUUGGUCAGCUCCUUCAAAUUGCGUAGAUCACAACUCUUAAUUUGUUUAACUGGCAUUCCAUAAUUUUUGGUGAUUGCUGUUUGUUUACUGUCAGGUUUUCAUGAAUCCAUAGCAUUUGUCUGGUCUUUUUGCUCUUCCUUGUGCAUGUUGUGCUGUGAUUUUCUUACACCCAUGUUCAGGAAGAGAAAGCCUCCACUACAAGGCUGUUUCCUCAUUCAGUGUUAAUAUACAUUUAAAAUCCAGGUUUGUCAGGUUGCAACUGAAAAUGUUGCAGUCGUAAUUGUCAGGAUGUGCAUAUAGGUUUUCUGUGUAAUUGUAAAAUUAUUUGAAUGUCAUCAAUGUUGUGAUAGUUUAAUAUUUUGCCAAGGUUAAAUGCAUCCCAAAUACAUAUUACAGGAAGAGGGAUGAGAAAAUGUAAAAUGGAGGUAUCUGUCUUAUUUCAGAAGAAAUUCUAUUUAUAUCUCACAUGAAUUUUGUGGUUUUCUGUUUAUUCCAUAUGUGAACCUUUUUGGAAUAUUAUAUGAACACUCAGUCCUUCAUGUAGGCAUUACUCAGGAUGUUGCUGUGUACCAUUGGUCUUUGUGUUUAUAUAAAAUGUUGGAUUUGAAAAAUGAAAUGCAGUCAUAUA